AAAAGAGCAUUCAUACAUUACAAACUUUACCCCACACUCCUCUCCUCUCCUCUCAAACUCAAAACUGUAUCUUCUCUUCAACCUCUUGUUUCUUUUCAUACCUUCUCUUGUUUCAAAAAACUCAAUUCAAUUCUCCAUUUUUGAAUUCAAAGUUCGAACCUUUCACCACUUUCUCUCGUUAAAGUUCUCGUUUUUAAUCAGAAACUAUCUGCGUUUACAUGGUUUCAAGCAUCACUACUGAGUCAUCACAUACAAGAAAGGUUUGGUUUUUGGAUUUUGUUAGGUAGAGAAGAAAGUGAGAAUAAUGAACGAUUUAGGAUGGGACGAGGAAGAGACGUCCAUAGCUAAUGCAGUUUUAGGGAACUCAGCUUCUGAUUUCCUCAGAACAAUCUCAUCAUCCAAUCAGAAUCUCUUUCUAUUUACGGAAACCGACGAUACCCUGAACAAGAAGCUAUCUAGUCUCGUGGAGUGGCCAAACUCGGAGAAUUUCAGCUGGAACUACUCCAUUCUGUGGCAGCAGACCGUGUCUAGAUCCGGACACCAAGUCCUAGGCUGGGGAGACGGGUGCUGCCGCGAGCCAAACCACUCAGAAGAGUCAAAACUCGUUAGCGGAUUAGAGGAAGAAGAAGAGAUGAUGAGAUGGCAGGAGAUGAGGAGGAGAGUGUUGCAUAAGCUUCAGAGAGUGUUUGGCGAAUCCGACGAAGACAACAACUACGCUCUGAGCUUGGAGAACGUUACGGCUACCGAGACUUUCUUCUUGGCUUCCAUGUAUUUUUUCUUUAAUCACGGUGAAGGUGGUCCUGGGAGGUGCUUUUCUGAAGGGAGACAUGUGUGGUGGGUUUCGGAUGAGGUUGGUUAUGAUUACUGUUUCAGGUCUUUUAUGGCGAAGAGGGCUGGGAUCAGGACGGUUGUUAUGGUUCCUACUGAUGCUGGUGUGGUUGAGCUUGGUUCUGUUUGGUCUUUGCCUGAGAAUGUUGAGUUGGUUAGGUCUGUUCAGGGUUUGUUCAUGAGGAGAGUUGAGCCGAGUAGAGUAGGAGGGGUUCACAAGCUUUUCGGACAGGAACUGAAUAGCUUUGAUCACAACAACAAAGGUUACACGUCUCAAGGAAGUGAUGUGAAAGUGCAAGAGAAUGCAAAUGUGGUUGUAGCAGGAGGAGGAGGAGGAGCUUGUGUUGUGGAGGAGAAGAGACCGAAAAAGCGAGGGAGGAAGCCUGCAAACGGAAGAGAAGAGCCGUUAAACCACGUUGAAGCUGAGAGGCAGAGACGGGAGAAGCUUAACCAGAGAUUCUACGCUUUGCGAGCUGUUGUUCCGAACAUCUCUAAGAUGGACAAAGCUUCUCUUCUUGAAGACGCUAUCUCUUACAUCAAAGAGCUUCAAGAAAAGGUAAAGAGCAUUGAAGCUGAAGGAGUAAGAACAGUAGAUAGUACAGAAGCUGUUGAGAUUCAAGCUGGGGAAGAAGAGGUUGUUGUGAGAAUGAUCUCACCGUUGGAGACACAUCCAGCUUCGAGAAUCAUACAAGCAAUGAGAAACUCAGAGGUUAGUGUGAUGGAGUCUACGCUUUCAUCUGCUGAAGACAGAGUGUUUCACACUUUUGUGGUAAAGUCUAAUAACGGGUCGGAUCCAUUGACGAGAGAGAAGCUUAUAGCAGCAGCGGGUUACCCACAAAGCAGCUUGAUGCAGCAGCAGCAGCCAUUAGUACCAUCUCAUAGUUCACAGGUUUCUGGUGAUUUGUAGCUUUCACCUUCAAGUGAAAGCUUCUUCUCUUUGUUUGUUCAGUGUAGAGGCAAACUUGAGGUUCAACUUAGACAUAGAUAAAUCUUUUUCUUUUCUUUUUGUUUCUUAGAGUGAAAGGAAUCCAGUUUUCAUUAUAUUUGCUAACAUUAUGUUAUACAUACAUAUAUGUCAAGUGACUUGACUCAAGUUACAUAUUUAUAUGAAAUACAUAUUAGACUUUUUCCU